UGCAAAUAUAUACUAAGUGCGCGUGUGUGUGUAUAUAAGUGUCUACUAUAUAUAAAGCCUUAGACCCAGGGGUAGAUAGUGUCUAUGGUGGAUACUGGCAGCAUGACGAUGAUGACGGAAUUCUGUCUCGUUUUCUGCUUCGUUCCAUUCGCCCGAAUCUUGCUUUUCAUCACGAAGUGAAAUUUUAUUUCCAAAAGAACCCCUCCAUGACUUUAUCUGCCUAUUUAUUACCAAAAUAUGCUUUGUCAACAGUACACGUCGUAUCUGAUAUUACAUAGUACAGGAAAACGUAGAUAUUUGGCCAGUAAAAUCAUGUCCAUCAUGUGGAACGGUGAGAUCGACUGCAGUAUCAUCAUCAAUGUUUUCCCUUCCAAAUGAAUGAAUAAUAAACAUGAAUGGGUUCUCAUCUCAAUAAAGACACGAGGAUGCACAGCAGCAAGCUGAUCAUCAUUAUUGCCAAUGCUCAAAUUUGCCUUUGGAUUUGACCUUAAAAGUGAGGCAUAUUGGGCUCACACACUCAUGUGUUCAAUCGACCCGAAUGUCCUGGAUGAAGGGAUUCGCCCUUCCUUUGAAGUGGUGGGAUGUCACUCCCAAAGCGUUCGAGUCUUUUUUCUUUUUCCCCCUGGCAUUUCACACGAGCACACAUUACCCGUUGGUUAUAUCUUGUGGACACCAACAUGCGAAGGUCACGCAACAUGGAGGCCUUUGCGGUCACGAUCUUCUUGUCCGUGGGCUUCGGGAGCAUAAUUUUGACAGCGGCAAGAGAGCUUCACGUUGGCAGCGGUGGAAAUGAAGGUGGCGAGAGUCAAGAGGGCCGCAUUUAGGAUUUUGCCGAUGGAGAGGGUAACCGUAAACGUGCCACUGUGCGUGGGAGAGACGGACUCCGACUCAGACAGCCGUUCGUCGUCACCGCUGAACGUGCGGAUGGUGCCAAUGUGGCGCUGGGACUCGAUUUGUGCAGCCGCUGGAGUCGCGUGCAGAAUCUGCCACUGUGAGGGAGAUGAGGAAAGCCCUCUCAUCGUGCCGUGCCAGUGCACGGGCUCCCUGCAGUUUGUCCACCAGGCGUGCCUGCAACAGUGGAUCAAGAGCUCGGGCGCGAGCUGUUGCGAGCUAUGCAACUACAGCUUUGUCAUGGAGAGCACGCUGAAACCCCUGUGCAAAUGGGAGAAGCUGCAGAUGACAGCGCGGGACAGGAGAAAGCUCACGUUUUCGGUCGUGGUCCACGUCGUUGCCAUCGUGUGCGUGGUGUGGUCGCUCUACAUUCUCGUCUCCCGAACGGCAGAGGAGAUUCGCCAGGCUCAGCACAGUGGUGUGCUGGAGUGGCCAUUCUGGACCAAGCUCGCCGUGGUUGCCAUCGGGUUCACGGGCGGAACGGUCUUCAUGUACGUGCAGUGCAAGGUCUACGUGCGCAUGUGGCGACGCCUCGAGGCUUACAAUCGCAUCAUCCACGUGAGCAGCUGCCCCGAGGCUCUGGCCGAAGAGCUGCUGUCAAGGAGAAGUCUGUCCACGUCGUCACCCGCCCGCAGCCUCCAACAGAACGCACCCAACGGCAAAGAAACGGAGGCCGAUGCCCUCUCCGUGGAAACCAACGCGAACCGCUGCGUGGACAAAGGGAAAUGCAAUGCGGAGAAUACACCCGAAUGAAAGUCUCAGCGCUGUCCCUGUCAGCUUUCCCGAACGGUUCACGAUUGCUUUUAGAAAGCGCUACCACACACCCAGAAUUUUAUGCGCGUAGUCAGACUGACCGAGUUUACCUGGAAUUCUGG